AUGACUGAAUCAGCUCUUAGCCAAACGAUGAAGAGGAACAAGAUAGAAUUGACCUUCUCCAUCACAUAUACCGGCUUUGUUUAUGAGGAGAGCUUCACCUUGCACCAAUCAAAAAUCCUCAGCGUGUUUUGGACCUUGGAACCGGUACAGGAAUUUGGGCCAUUGAGUUUGCUGACGCAAGUGAUCGGCACUGAUCUGAGUCCUAUACAACCUCCCUGGGUCCCUCCCAACUGCGUAUUUGAGAUUGAUGAUUUCGAGACUCCUUGGUUGUAUAGGGCUGACUUUGACUUCAUUCAUGGCCGUGAGCUAGAGGGGUGUAUUGCUAAUGAAGACCAGCUCUUCUCCCGAGCAUUUGAAUAUCUCAAGCCAGGGGGGUAUUUUGAAAUUGCUGGCGCUAAUCCAUACUUUUUCUCUGAUAAUGAUACUCAUAAAAGGGCUCCGAGUUGUCAGUUAUUAAUUGAAAACAUACAUAUAGCUGCCAACAAAUUUGGCAAGAGCUUUGACAAUGUGCCUCUAUGGAAGGCAAAAAUGGAAAAGGCAGGGUUCCUUGAUGUGAAGGAGUCUAUCUACAAGUUCCCAAUUGGUCCAUGGCCAAAGGAUCCAAAGUUGAAGGAAAUUGGAAGGUUCCAGCAGGUUCAGCAGAUUCAGGUUGUUGAAUCCUACACACCAGCACUCUUCUCUCGUGUCCUCGGUUGGACUAAUGCUGAGAUACAAGCAUUGAUAGCAAAGGCAAAGAAGGAACUUAAGGAUCCCUCAUUGCACCUAUAUGUCCCCAUUCACUUUGUCUAUGGGCGAAAGCCUUGA